AUGGACGGGGAGCUGAUAGACCAGACAUCAAGUUCUCUGGAGCCUGCCUUCCCAUUGGAGCCUCCAAUUCCAGAUCGCAGCCCCUUCCGCUACGACGACGAGUGCAAAGUUUUAGAAUUUCCUGUACGUAAUUUUUGGAAACUAGCAAAGACACAAAAUGACAUAGAAUCCCUAACCGAAGGCCAUUGCAAUGGGUUCUACUAUCGCUUAUUGUUACACCCCCGGGGCACUGCCGGUACCGACAGCGAAUCAAAUCAUCUAUCUGUAUUUCUGGAAGCAGUGGUACAAGAUUGGUACCCAGAUUACUGGGUAUUCCCAAAUGUGCGGUUUGAGCUAACAGUUGUAAAUUUUAAGGACCCAAAACAAUCGGUCACAUCCUGGGCACACUGGAGUUUCAGCAGCGACGCUACUUCUAGGGGCUGGCAAAAGAUGAUUUCCCACGCAAAGCUUACUAAAGCCGCGGGUUUUAUGGACGACGAUGGGACGAUCUUAGUACGCGGUAAAGCAGAGCCCCCCUAUCCGCGGCUCUGGUCCAGAGUACCUCCCUACCGACCCACAAAACUCUGGGCAUCACUUCGAAUUCCCCAUUGCGAGCUGUCGGACAAGUUGGAUUCGAUAUUAUCAGAUGUUUCAGAUCAUUCACAUUUGGAUUACUCUCAAUCUAGCCUAAGCGAUUUGAGCGACGAUUUCUCUAUAUCAUUUUCUGAGAGUUCGUGUGUUAAUCCAUGGCACAAGCACGAGGAGGAGAAGGUAGUAAUGGAGAGGAUUUUGAGUGCCGUAGAGCCCCUUGUUCCAUCAAUACAGCCAACGCUUGAUUCAGACGUGUUAUCUUUAUUUGUAUGCAUACUUUACAAUAUAAAGGAGUUUAGGAAGAGGAUUUUAUCAUUUCCCUACGAAGAGAUUUGUUCCAUGACAACUAACGGUCAGGGAGAAAAAAAUUUUUCUGACCCUGGCGCCACAGCGCCAGGGUCAGAAAAUAUAAUAUCGGCUCUCCAGGACACUUUUGCUUACAUGUACCUGUAUCCCAUCGCCGCCAUUUGCAAGGCGAGAAAAAACGCUAGGCCCUUGGGGCUGUCAACGGAGGAUUUUUACCUGAAUGAAAUACUACGAGACAAGGAUUUGGAUCGUUUUGACAACUCUCUAAGCUCCCCAUUCCACUUUGAGCCCACGCUACACGUGAAUUGUUCUUCGCUUGAUUGCGAACAAUGCAACUACAAAAACACGCUUUACACGCAAGACGGUGAAAGAAUUGACCCACAGGUACCCAACAUAAAGCGCUUGCUCCUUACACUUCACAUGAACGACCUUCAAUUCUUAGAAAAUUCUGAUCCCUUGACGAAGAUACACACCUGUAUUUUCACCAUACUGCUAAAAGACCUGGCUAAUGUUAAAAAAAUAAUCAAACAACGCAGACUAGGCGACUCAAUUAGCCUAAAAAACGUUAUGAACAGGAAAUCCAUGGCCGCAACUGCAACAAGCGAGGAAGAACAGUCGUUAUUUUUGCACGAUCAGACGGAGUUGGAGUCUACCUGCAAGAGCUUAUUCUCUGGCAGUCCAGACUCUGAAGGGCUCUUUCGUUCAAAUUGCGACAUUUCAUCAACUUAUAUACGCUGCAAACAUAUUUAUUCCCUACAAAAAGCCCUAGAAACGUCGGACAGACUCUUUGUAAAAUACCCUGACGUCCUGUUCUUCUACCUGCAACCAAACAAAAACACAAAGAAGGGAGAACUAUUUGACGUGCCGCUUAGGCUGGACGCCACCUCUCUUGUACCCCCCUCCAACCUUGGAAAGGACGCCCGUGACACAGACAGACAUGACUCCAGUUGCGAUGAAGAUAACAGCAUUAAAAGCUUUACCACGGAAAACACAAAUAGUUCUGAGAGCAGUGAUAUAGAAACUGAACUUAGGUGCUCCAACUCUUUAACGGUUGCAUCCUCAGGGACUUCAGAACACGGGCAAAGGACGGGUCCCGACCGCGAGGAGACCCUGGCGAUGCCCGGCCCUAUCCAGUACCAGGAGGGAGAAAAGUGGUACUCUUUAUACGCAUUGGUAAUUCGUGAAGGUGAUAGGGGGGGUGUCAACAGCUACAGUCUGCUGCUACGACCCGACGAGGACGGGCCGUGGUACCGCAUAAGCGAUGGACGCAUCGAGAGACUGGAAACUAAAAUGGAAUUCACUGAAUGGAAAUGUCACCGUGAGUUUUUUUGCGCUUCUGCGGUGUACCUGGCCGAGGACUACAUCGACAUGAUACAGGCAAGGGACGUAGAUCUGUCGGGGGACCUGAAGCAGUGGAACCCCAAACUGUACUAUAAGACUCUUGAACGCCUGGGGGUGACCGAGACGGAAAUUUUAUCUGAAAACAAAUUUCCUGAGACACCUGAAGGUCCAGAUUGGACCCAUCGCACGGCCGUAGGCAGGAACGCAGACUACUGGCACCCCAGGUCCAAAAACGUCCUCAUACGCCACGCCAGCCAGGGCGUGCCCUCCCCAGUGCCCUGCCCUGUCCACGGCUACACCAGGCACGGGCUGUUAGCCAAGUACCAUGAAAAACUGGCGGGGUCCUGCGUGAGGCUAGAUUCGCCCCAGGCUGUUACGAGGAGACUGCGGAGACUGGCACUCCUGCAACCGCUGCUUUUGUCAAUAUUUAAAAAGUAUUCCGGUAUCAGUAGCGAAGGCAAUCUUCUGGAUAAGUGCCUAGAAUUGGAGUUCAUCACGACUCUGGGGGAAAUUUUCUUCUCCGAACGUGCCAACCAGCUCCUCAGCGGAAACUCUAACGGAAAAUGCCCAUCGACAGACACAGCCCAGUUCCACCUCACGCCUCAGGGUAGACUCUACGGGUUCCACAUGACCAUGCUGCUCAUUCAACCCUUGCGUAGUCUCUUUGCCAAAACGAUCGAGUUUGCCAAGCUCAUACGCCACGAGUCGGAUAGGGAGAGGAUGGACCAGCCCUGCGGGCAGGCGCGGCUGCUGGCCCUGCAAAGAUUUUGUGACAGCGUGCGCGAGUGCUACGGCGACUGCUCUACGCUGCUGAAGGAGUCCGGGAAAAAAAUACGCAACACGCACUACAUGAUAAUCGAUGAACUACGCGGGGGCGUGAAGAGCGGUGGAACAGAUUUUAUAGCCAAGUAUCUGGGGCUUAGCUGCGAUUUUCUAAAUCCUAAAUACGAUUUGUCCGUUGCGCGAACCAACGAGUUCAUGGCACACCUCACGUCCUGCUACGACCUGCCCUCACUAUUCGAGAUGCAAUGCUACCUGAGGCACCGGGGCAUCUACCUGCAUGGCCUGAUACGCCCGCAUGAAAUUGCAAGAAUGUAUAUCCACUUCAGGCCCCUGCUGAAGGGCCACAGAUCCCAACAGUCGCCCGCCCUCACUAGGGGCGACAAGCCGCAGGCGGAGGUGGGCGACGGCGCAUCCCUCAACACGACGACCGCCGCCGCCAGCGGCGUCGGAGGGGCACUGGGGAAGACGAUAAACCCCUUCAAGUUCCCAGGCCUUCCCUUCCAGGCAUUCCCCCUGGUGUGGAACGAGGAGCUCUUCGUCGGCAGGCCGUCAGAGCGCGGGGAAAGGACAGGACCUCAGCCGGAACAGCGGCUCAGGUACAAUAGGGCGGUGAGUAACGUCGUGGUGAAGGUCCUUGUCCACCUGCUGCCCCACCCCUCCGACGAGGCCGAGGAGGGGGGCGAUGGCCCCUUCUCCGCCAUGGAGGGCGGCAGCAGCGAAGAUCUGCUCCAGCACGUGGUGACUGAGCUAGACCUCGCUGAAAUAUUGCCUUACGGGGGCGCCGAGUCAGCCGUCUCCGCCCCGGCGGAUGGCUGCGCCUGUCCACCCGGACCCAGAGAUCAGCCCGUGCCAGCAAUUGACCACCCUGGCGUGCCCAGGCCGGGAAAGUCCCUAAUAGCCUUCCAGGUGGACCAAAAGACGGCUAACAGCGUCUACCCGACGCUGUUUCCCCCUCCGCUGCUGAAGCUGGGAAGGGGCGGAGAUGGGACGGGGGAGGGGGACGAGGGGCAUGUCUCUAAGGGCCCCCUCCCCCUGACGCACCUUCCGCUGUCCUUCACCCAAUCGCUGUCCGAGGGGCUGGACCCAGAGUUCAGACGCCUGCUGGGGGAGAGGAUCCUUAGCAGCCCGCUAUUCAACGACCUGCUCUCUCUUCCGGACAUGCAGUGCGGAGAAAUCUUCAGCCAGGUAGUCUCAGAUGUCUGCGCGGUACAGAUUGGGCUCCUAUUCCCCACGGACCUUUUCGGCUGCGAGGGGUUCUACAUUGAGGAUAAGCUCUACCCCUCGAAACGUCUGACCCUGAACAUCGAACUCCCGGGGGAAAGGUGCGAUGAGUGCAAGCCCUCCUUCGCCGACCCAUUCCAGCGCGGGUAUAGCAUGCUGACACGGGCAGAACACCUUUAUUGGGGUAUACGCAAGCUGCUGAGACAACAGCUGCCAGAAGAAAUCAACCAGGGCGGAAAUGACUCCAACCAGGGCAAGAAGGGCAAGGGCAAGUCCAACGCCAACCUGCUCUGCCCCUGCGGAGAAAAUUGCUUCCGGACCGGAGACGAGUGUCAAAAGCAGUUGCGGUGGAAGCCUACCUGCAGCAGGGACGCAUUCAUGCUCUACGCCCUCCGAUCUGAGAUCGACCCGACGCGGCAGGGCAAGCGGCGCUUUGUGUACAUGCACCCGGAUAUAGAAAUCGCCAGUUACAUCGACCCCAGGAAGGGCAAAAAGAUGCCAGGACUGGUCGUGCUGGUUGCCUUCGCGCCGCCCUGCCUCCUGCAAAACCCUUCGACCUUCCCGCUGACGGACGACUCCAACUACCCUUUGCUGAUUUUCAAGUGGAUGUGCACCAGGUCCGUUGAAUUGCUCACCGUGGGAGCCAUAGUAUGCGACUCCAAAUGCCACCUUCAGCACUACAUCACAGAGUGGCUGCUGCCCAUAGUCAAGCGAUUGGGCUACUUGGAUGGCGAGCAGUUGAGCGAGGCAGCCGAGAAAGACAUAAGCCGGUACAUGGUACUGGAAGAAUGCGGGGUCAGGACUCUGCAAAACGUCCGUCGGUGCAGCUGCGCUAUUAAGAAGAUUAACAAACGAACAGGCGACGUCAUAAUAAUACAACUCAAGCGGCAGACGGAUUCCCCCUCUUCGCUCAAGUUCAAGGACACUGUUGCACUGAUGAACUCUGUCCGGCAGUUGGCAGAGCUGGAAGCCCUGGAAUUGCUUCCUGCCUCUGUCGCCCACGAGCGGCUGGCAGACUUGGGGGGCGACCCCCUGCACUAUUUAACACUGGGCAACCUAUCCCCGGAUCAGGUGUCUGGGGGCCUUUCUGCCAUUGAAGUGCUCGAUGCCAAGGGGGAGUCCUUGAAGAGGCUGCUUCGGCGCAGUGAAAAGGGAGGCGUUACUUCUCCAGAGGGAGAACUAACGGAUCUGACCCAAUCCAGCGUACCAAAUUUGCUUCCUCGCGGUGCGAAGAAGGUUCAAGAGUACCAGGUGCUCCCCACUACUACCAGUGAGGCCAACCUGACUGCGGACGGGAAUUCUAUAUUUGCCGAGGAUGAGCAAUUUCCCGAGGACGAGAACAAGCGUUUGGCUGCUGCUAACGCUAGGAGGAAGGGCAAGGGACGCCGUAAAGUGGUGAUUCCGUGUAACAAGAAGUCUACAUUCAAUCGUCAGGUGGUGGAGGACAGCACCCCCACCGAUGGGGCUAUUGUGGCGGAGGGCGAGAUAUCGAAAGAGACGGUCCACAGAGCCAGACUGGAGGAAUUUCAUCAAAUUAUGGAGAAUAUUUCCUUUGGCACGGGCGACAGUUUGGAGACGUAUCGGGAAAGGGGGGAACGAAUAAAUUGGGUGUGUACAUUUGUUGAAGAUAAUUUCAAGGAGGAUUUUGAAAUAGAAGUCACUAAAUUCUUCUGCAGUCAGGCAGAAAAAUCCUCCGCUGAUAAUGUUGAGGAUUCAAAGCGCUAUGCAAGCGUGUUCGCUUGGAUCGAAAUACAGGAUUUUGAAAAAUUUUCAAAAAAUUUAAACACUUUCCGCUUCUACUUAUUGGCACUAACCCACCUCAUUUUAUACACUGUAUCCGAUUUGGACUCCGUGAAUACGCCGGCGAUAGCAGCGACUGCCACGGAACCCAUACUAAAGUGGAGGGAAAUUGCCCCGGCGUGCAGGAGGCUCUUUGACCAGCUCCUGGCACUAACAGAGACCGUAAAAAAUAAAAUUUCGGCCCUUGGGCGCGAAUUUACACCCUUGCUACAGCACCUGACCUACCUCAGCGCCAAUGGCAUAGUGCUGAAGGGCGAACUCCGGAAUCUUGCCAAAAAGCUGAAUCUACCCCUGAUGGCACUAUCUCCGGCACGCCUGUUAGAUGCCAACAGUCAUUUCAUCGCAGUUUUAGGCAAUUUAGACACGUUAGCGUGGAGCAUUGACUUUGCACAGGUAACUAUGCUCGAAUCUGUGCUGCCGGUAACGAUCCUGGCCAACACGCCGGUAUGCGCCCGCAGGCUGUGCCACAACUCCUUUGAGUUGUCAGCCAGGGACUUCUCGCACACGCUUUUCGUGCCACAUCCCUCACCAGCGUGUCUGGAGCGGGAGGGAUUAGAGGCGGAGCGGGAUGGAUUAGAGGCGGAGCGGGAAGGAUUAGAGGCGGAGCGGGAGGGAUUAGAGGCGGAGCGGGAAGGAUUAGAGGCGGAGCUAAUGUUUGGCAGACGCGAAACGCGGGACCGUAGGCGAAGGAGGGCCGCACAGGCGAGGCUGGUGCACAAUUUGGCGUGCCUGUUGACGAUUUUGCAGCGUAAAAUCAUGCCCAUUCCGGCCGGUGCAGGAUGGGGAAGACUUAUGUUCAACCACUACGGGGAACUGAUCGGCGUAAGCCUGCCAAAUGGAGUCACCGUGGGCACUGGAAAGGACUGCAACGUUAGGAGGCCCCUCGUUGACGGCUCAGCGCCGUCAAUUUCACAUGGACGUAAGAGCUGGAAAUUUCUACUGAUCCUGGCCUGCAACGAAUUUAACACGCAUAUUGCAGCUGAACUAAAACCCAAGGAUCAGACACUCACGGUGCACAUCUGUAACAAAUUCGCCGAAAAUGUACAAAUAGAGGACAGCCACGUCUCCGACUUGAAUCUGAUUUUUGAUGACUGUAGGAUGCUGCUGGGAUCCAUGGAACAAAAAUAUUGCCUCACAAACAACUACCUUCACCACCUGCCCAAUAUGCCGCUGUACGCGGCACAGGACAUGCCGAAAUUCUCUACCCUGCUCCAGUCACGCCUUAACUGCGUAGAAAGAUUGCCCAAAAAAAUUUUCUACCCCGUGCUACCCCCGGACCAACACCUGCCCACAAUCCUCUACUAA